AUGGUCGAGGGUGCCAACCAGGAGUGGUCCAAGGACCAGGAGCCCAUUGCCAUUAUCGGCUUGAGCUGCAAAUUUGCGGGGGAUGCUGCCAAUCCCCAGGGGUUGUGGAAGAUGCUGGCCGAGGGCCGCGAUGCCUGGUCCGAGAUUCCCACCUCUCGAUUCGACCCGAAAGGGGUUUAUCACCCCGACGCCCAAAAGUUGUCUACGACCCACGUUAAAGGCGCGCACUUCAUAGAAGAGGACAUCGGGUUGUUCGACGCCGCCUUCUUCAACUACUCGGCCGAGACUGCGUCGGCGCUAGAUCCUCAAUAUCGGAUCCAACUCGAAUCUGCCUACGAGGCGCUGGAAAAUGCUGGCCUCAGCAUGUCGCAGGUUGCGGGGACCAACACGUCCGUGUACGCCGGCAUUUACACGCACGAUUACCACGACGGGCUGAUGCGGGACGAGGAGAAGCUGCCCCGGUUCCUGCUGAUCGGCACCAUGGCAGCCAUGGCGUCGAACCGCAUCUCCCACUUCUUUGACCUCCGAGGGCCCAGCAUGACCAUCGACACGGGCUGCUCCACGGCCCUCGUGGCGCUGCACCAGGCCGUGCUGGGGCUGCGGGCGCGCGAGGCCGACAUGUCCAUCGUGGGCGGGUGCAACCUGAUGCUGGCGGCCGACAUGUUCAAGAUGUUCUCGUCGCUGGGCCUGGUGGGGCCCGACGGCCGGUCCUACUCGUUCGACUCGCGCGCCAACGGCUACGGCCGCGGCGAGGGCGUCGGCACCGUCGUGAUCAAGCGCCUCAGCGACGCUCUGGCCGCGGGGGACCCCAUCCGCGCCGUCAUCCGCGACACUUACCUGAACCAGGACGGCAAGACCGAGACCAUCACCUCGCCCUCGCAGGCCGCCCAGGAGGCCCUCAUCCGCGAGUGCUACCGCCGCGCCGGCCUCAGCCCGCAGGGCACGCAGUACUUUGAGGCCCAUGGCACGGGCACGCCCGCGGGUGACCCGAUCGAGGCGCGAGCCAUUGCGGCCGUGCUGGGCGGGGGCCGCACCGAGAAGCUCCGCAUCGGGUCGGUGAAGACAAACAUCGGGCACACUGAAGCGGCCUCGGGGCUGGCCGGUCUGAUCAAGGUGGUGCUGGCGCUGGAGAAGGGCCAGAUACCGCCGAGUGUCAACUUCAAAGAGCCCAACCCGCAGCUCAAGCUAGACGAGUGGGGUCUCAAGGUGGCGACGGAGCUGGAACCGUGGCCCGCGACAAACGGCGAGCCCCGUCGCGCUUCCGUGAACAACUUCGGCUACGGCGGUACCAACAGCCAUGUCAUCUUAGAGGACGCCGGGAGAUGGGCGCCACAGCCCCUCAUCAAGGCGCCGCCCAGCACCCAGGCCGAGGCCCAGAGUGAUGUGCUCGUCUUCUACGGCCGCGACGAACAGGCCUGCCAGCGCAUCGUAGCCAACACGCAGGAAUACUUGCGCAACCGCAAGCUCGAAAACCCAGCCAUGAGCGCCGGGGAGAUCCUCUCGUUGAUAAAGAGCCUCGCCUGGACGCUCAGCAUGCGCCGCAGCCGCUUCCCCUGGGUGUCCGCACACGUAGCCACAUACUCAGACGAUCUCGAUCAAGUAAUCCGCAGCUUGGACGCACCCCAGUUCAAACCCGUGCGCAUCCCUUCACGCGCGCCACGCAUCGGCAUGGUAUUCACAGGCCAGGGCGCGCAGUGGUACGCCAUGGGCCGGCGGCUGAUCCACGUGUUCCCCAUCUUCCGGUCGACGAUCUACACGGCUCAGCACUUCCUACGCGAGUUCGGCGCCGACUGGUCGCUCAUCGAGGAGCUGAACCGCGACGCCGAGACGUCGCGCGUCAACACCACGGCGCUGAGCAUCCCCGUGUGCGUCGCCGUGCAGAUCGCCCUCGUGCGCCUGCUCCGCUUCCUCGGUAUCUCGCCGUCGGCCGUCACCAGCCACUCCUCGGGCGAGAUCGCCGCGGCGUACACCGUGGGCGCCCUGACCCUGCGCCAGGCGAUGGCGGCUGCGUACUACCGCUCUGCCAUGGCCGCGGACAAGACGCUGAUGAACGCCUCCGGAGGCGGGCCGAAGGGCGCCAUGGUCGCUGUCGGGGUGGGAUCCGAGGCGGCGCAGGAAUUCCUGGACCGGGUCGCGAGCACCAACGGCAAGGCGGUGGUGGCUUGCAUCAACAGCCCCAGCAGCGUCACCAUCGCGGGUGAUGAGGCGGCCGUGCAGCAGGUCGAGGAUCUGGCCAAGGGAGACGGCGUGUUCGCCCGCCGCCUGAGGGUCGAUACAGGGUACCACUCCCACCACAUGAUGCCCAUCGCCGAGCCCUACCGCCAAGCUCUCCGCCAGGCCCUGUCCAGCAACAACCAAACCAGCCACAACGAGACCGACCCAGCCACCGCCGGAAUCCCCGAGGGCGCGCCCUGGGCCAAGCAAUACCUCGCAGCACUGAGCGCCGCGCUCGAGGCCGAAGCGCAGACCCUCCGCGACGAAGGCCCCAUCGCCUUCUCCUCCCCCGUGACAGGCGGGCGGAUCACCGAGCUCUCCCAGCUCGCCGACCCGGAGCACUGGGUCGGCAGCCUGCUGCAACCGGUGCAAUUUGUCGACGCAUUCACCGACAUGGUGCUGGGCGACAUGGACGAGUCCGGCACCAGCGUGGACGUCGUCCUCGAGGUGGGCCCCCACACGGCGCUGGGCGGACCCAUCAAGGAGAUCCUGGCCGAGGCCGAGUUCGAGGGUGUCGACGUGGCUUACAUGGGCUGCCUGGUGCGCAACGAGGACUCGCACGACAACCUGCGCGCGGCGGCGCUGAACCUGCUGCGGCGGGGGGCGCCUGUCCAUCUGGAGCAGCUGGCGUUCCCCUGGGGCCGGUGGCCCUUCCUCGGGGAGUCGGGCUACACGCGGCGGGUCGAUCCGGAAGACCUGUUCGCCGAACUGCGCAUGCAAGGCGUGCACCACGGGCCCAUGUUCCAGAACACGACCAGCAUCGUGCAGGACGGCCGAUCCAAGGAGCCGCGGUGCGUGACCACCAUCGAGGUCGCCGACGUCGGGACCAAGCACGUCGUACACCCCACGACGCUGGACUCGGUCAUCAUCUCGUCGUACGCGGCGCUGUCCGGUUCGGGCGCGAGCAACGACAGCGCCAUGCUGCCACAGUCGAUCCCAGAAGCUCUGGGUCUCGAGCCACAUGGCCACGACGGCCCGGCCACACCCUUCAUGUGCAACACCAAGGCGCCGCGCCAGGACGCGCAGGGCUCCGAGGCGCACAUCUCGGUCGUUGACGGCGCCGAGGCCGUCAUCGAAGUGCAGGGUUUCGUGUGCCAGUCGUUGGGGCAGAGCGCGGCCGUGGACGCCGAGGAGAAACAGCCCCUGGACCAAGGAGCUGUGCGUCAAGGUCGACUGGGCGCCCGACGUUGCUCUGUCCCUGGGUCUGCCCGGCGCGACAUCCGCCGUGAAGAAAAAGUUCUCACCGAGCAGGACGUGGCUAACCUCGCGCCGCACCAUGUCAAGUUCCAUACGUGGAUGAAGGAUACGCUGGACGCCGCGGCGGCACGUCGCCUGGGCGCCGACAGUCACACCUGGACAAGUGACGACCCGCAGAAACGCCAACAAUACACGACACUAGCGGCCACAAAGAGCGUUGAUGGCGAGCUGAUGUGCCGGCUCGGUCCCCACUUUGUGCCCGUGAUGCGAGGUGAAAAGGCGCCGCUCGAGAUUAUGAUGGAGGACCAGCUGCUGUACAAGUACUACGCCAACGCCUUGCGGUUCCGGCCGGGAUUUGUCCAGUUUGCCGCCUUGCUCCGGGCCGUCGCCCAUAAGAACCCCCACCCGGACAAGGAGCCCGGGCCGCUGUACGACACUUGGCACUUCACUGAUGUUUCUUCGGCCUUCUUCGAGGCGGCCCGGAGCGAGUUCGGCGCCUGGAGCAACUUUAUGGAGUUCGAUCAACUUGAUAUCGAGAAGAGCCCCGAGUCACAGGGCUUCAAUCUCGCGAGCUACGACAUUGUCGUCGCCUGCCAGGUGCUGCACGCAACCAAGAGCAUGGCCCGCACUAUGGACCAUGUGCACAAGCUGAUGAAACCGGGCGCCACCCUUCUGCUUAUGGAGACGACACAUGACCAACUCGACCUGGGUUUCAUUUUCGGUCUGCUGCCCGGCUGGUGGCUGAGCGAGGAGCCCGAGCGCCAUUCCAGCCCUUCGCUAUCAAUUCCGAUGUGGGACAGGGUCCUCAAGGGUGCCGGUUUCGGCGGCAUCGAUGUCGAGAUCCAUGACUACGAAAACGAUGACGAUAUGUACGCCAUUAGCAGUAUGCUGGCGACUGCUUCCCCGCGUCAAUUCAAGCUGGCGUCGGACAGUGUCAUCGUUGUCACCAGUGACAAGGCGCCCCCCCCUUCCAACUGGCUCCAGUCUCUGCGGGAGUCCAUCGCCAAGGUCACUGGCGGCGCUCUUCCCGCCGUCCAACCCCUAGAAGCACCUUCGGCCACGGCAGAGACAUACAACACCAAGAUAUGCGUGUUUGUGGGCGAGAUCGAGCAAUCGAUCUUGCACACCCUCGAUUCCGCCAGCCUGCGGAGCGUCAAGACCAUGGCAACCGCCUGCAAAGGGCUUCUCUGGGUAACGCGCGGCGCUGCAGUCGAGUGCGUGGAUCCGAACAAGGCACUGGUCACCGGGUUCCUGCGCAGCUUACGGAGCGAAUACGUGGGCCGUUACUUCCCGACCCUCGACCUGGAUCCGCAAACACCGGUGUGGUCCGAGUCGGGCAUCGCAGCCAUCGCCCACGUGCUGCAGACCAGCCUGGGCACCGCGGACGACGUCUACUCCAUCAUGGCCGAGCCGGCGCCGGUAGACAACGAGUUCGCGGUCCGCGACGGGCUCAUCCUAGUCCCGCGCCUACGCAAGGACCUAGCGCGCAACAAGAUGCUGACGCCCGAAGCCCCCGACUGGACCAUGCCCGAGUCCAUCCCGGAGGCGCCUCUUUUCCAGGAACAGCGCCCGCUGCGGCUGAAGGCUGGCGUUCCGGGUCUGUUGGACACGUUGGUAUUUGCCGACGACGACGAGGACAUCAGCGGAGAUGCAGACACGGUGGAGAUCGAGCCGCGGGCAUACGGGCUCAACUUCCGCGACGUCAUGGUGGCCAUGGGCCAGCUGCGCGAGCGCGUCAUGGGUUUGGAAUGUGCCGGUAUCAUCACCCGCGUGGGCAGCGAGGCCGCGGCGCAGGGCUUCGCCGUCGGCGAUCGCGUCAUGGCGUUGCUUAUCGGCCCCUUUGCGAACCGCGCCCGCGUCAGCUGGCAUGGCGUUGCGCAUAUGCCUGAGGGUAUGACCUUUGACGACGCCGCGUCGCUGCCCAUGAUCUUCAGCACCGCCUAUGUUGGUCUUGUUGAUAUCGCGAACCUUCGGCCCGGCCAAUCCGUCCUUAUCCACGCCGCCGCGGGAGGUGUCGGACAAGCAGCGAUUAUGCUGGCCAAGGACUACCUCGGCGCCGAGGUAUACGCUACCGUCGGGUCCCAGGAGAAGCGCGAUCUCCUCACUCGCGAGUACGGGAUCCCCGCCGAACGCAUCUUCAACAGCCGUGACGCGUCCUUCGCGCCGGCUGUCCUGGCCGCUACAGGGGGGCGCGGUGUGGAUGUGGUGCUCAACUCGUUGGCUGGCCCGCUGUUGCAGGCCGGGUUCGACGUGCUCGCGCCGUUUGGUCACUUCGUGGAGAUUGGUAAGCGGGACUUGGAAGGGAACAGCCUGCUCGAGAUGGCCACCUUCUCGCAGGUGGCGUCCUUCACGUCCCUGGACAUGAUGUCGUUGCUGCGCGAGCGCGGGACCCACGCGCACCGGGUUCUCAGCGAGGUCGCGCGCCUCGCAGGAAGAAAGGUGAUCGAACCGAUCCACCCGGUCACCGUCUUCCCCAUGCAGCAGGUGUCGCGGGCUUUCCGGCUGUUGCAAACCGGUAAACACACGGGCAAAGUUGUGCUAUCGGUCGCGCCGGAUGAGCAGGUUCGGGUGCUCCCACGAGCGCCGGCGCCGAAAUUGCGGCCCGAUGCGUCUUACCUGCUUGUGGGCGGCGUGGGAGGCCUCGGGCGAUCCAUCGCGCACUGGAUGAUGGACCACGGCGCCCGCAACCUCAUCCUGCUAUCGCGAAAUGCCAGCAAGCAGAAUGCAGGGACCUUCAUCACGCAGCUGCGCGAGGCCGGCUGCCGCGUCGUGGCCAUUAGUUGUGACGUGGCCAGUGAGCAGUCCCUGACGAGAGCCCUCGAUAGGUGCAAGAAUGAGGAGGGGCUGCCACCGAUCCGGGGCGUCAUCCAAGGCGCCAUGGUGCUCAAGGACUCUAUCCUCGAGCAGAUGACGCUCGACGACUGGCAGACGGCGAUCCGGCCCAAGGUUGCGGGUAGCUGGAACUUGCACUCCAACUUCACCCAGCGCGGCUCGCUCGACUUCUUCGUCAUGCUCUCCUCGUUGUCGUGCAUCCUCGGGUUGGCCAGUCAAGCCAACUACGCAGCCGGCGGAUCGUACCAGGACGCGCUGGCACGCUGGCGGCAGGCCUCGGGGCUGCCGGCCGUGUCGAUCGACAUUGGCAUUGUCAGGGGCGUCGGUUACGUAGCUGAAUCCCGCGCCGUGUCGGAGCGCGUUCGCAAGCCCGGCCAAAUGCUCGUUCUGCCCGAAGACUCGGUGCUGCGGGCCAUUGGCGCGGCCGUCCUGCACCCCCUCGAGCAACCCCAGGUCCUUCUGGGCCUCAACUCGGGACCCGGACCGCAGUGGGAUCCGACGAGCGAGUCUCAGAUGGGCCGUGAUGCCCGCUUCGUGCCCCUCAAGUAUCGCAGGCCCACGGGGGCCCAGGCGGCGGGCCAGCAGCUUGGUGACGCCGAUGUCAAACCGCUGUCGGCGCAGCUGCAGGAGGCCGGUUCGCGUGACGAAGCGACGCGACUGGUUGGUGACGCCAUCGCCUCGAAGCUAGGGGACAUUUUUAUGAUUCCCAUCGAUGAUAUCGACCUAGCCAAAUCGCCGGCACUGCACGGCGUCGACUCGCUUGUAGCGGUGGAACUGCGUAACAUGUUGAUGUUGCAGGCCGCGGCGGAUAUUUCGAUUUUUAGUAUCAUGCAGAGCGCGUCUUUGGGGGCUCUGGCGAGUGACGUGGUGGCAAAGAGUAGCCAUGUCGAGAUAGCUGCAGGGGCGUGA